GGCGUGGGUAGAGGAGGAGCGGUUGUUGCUGCUUUGGCCGGGCUCGGGCCUUGAACCUGGAAAAUGCAGCUGGCGCCACAGGAAAGGUCCACCUCAGGGAAGAGCAGGGGCCUGAAUCGCUGGAAGCGGUUUACAAGGAAGCCAGAUUUUAAGCCUGCUUUUGAUCCUGACAAUGUGAGUUACUGGAUUAAGAAAGUGGAGCUAGCCUCAGAAUUUGCAGUUUCCAACACACUUUUUGCCAGAAAUUCAGAUUUACCUGGAAGGCUUUGGAACCAAACGAUAGAUUUGGAAACACCCGAGCAAAUAGAGGCUCAUGAUGAAGUCUAUAUAGAAGCCCAAGAAUUGGUCAGUGACUGGUUAGGCACCAAACUUCAGGAAGAAUUAGCAAGUGAUGGAGAAGAGGAUGCUGAAAACACUGUGUCAAAUGUCAUUCCUAGGCCAGAAGCUAGUAGCCAUUGGAGAUAUGACAGGUUUGAUGAUUUAUGUGGCUAUUUGGAGGAAGAAGAGGAAGGUACCGCUGUUCAAAAAUUUAUAGACCAUCUGCUCCAUAAAAAAUUGGUGGAUUCUGGAAUGUUGGAAGAUCUUGGAAUGAAGGAAAACCAAGACAAGAAGCAGAAGGAUCCUCGUCUUACCAUGGAGAUGAGACAUAAGCAGGUUAAAGAAAAUCGUUUAAGACGUGAGAAAGAACUGGAGUGCCAGAGAACGGAAAAGGCCUUGAAAAAAUCAGCUUUCUUGGAGGCUCAGUGUCUUGUGCAAGAAGAGAAGAAAAGGAAGGCUCUGGAGGCCAGGAAAGAGAAGGAGGAGAUUCGGAGGGAGAUGGUAAAGCUGCGAAGGGAAAUACUUGAGAGAAGGCGCACUGUGGAAGAAGCCUGGAAGAUGGAGAGGAAACAGCAAGGAAAUCUUCAAAAGGAUCCAGAUAAAGACAUAUUUCCAAGUGCUUGUAUUCUUCUGGAUGGAGAAAAAGCGGCUAAAGAAAGAAAAAGGGAGCUGAAAGAGCUACUAAUCCAAACUUUCAAAGAAAAUCACCAGUGUCAGAAACGGUAUUUCUCUGCCUGGCACAAGCUGAUCAUUGAUCAUAGGAUUAAGCUGGGGAAAGCUGGGACCCUGUCCGACUGGAAGCUUCAACUGAAGAUCCUGCGAGGCUGGAGAGACUACACAAGAUCCCAGAAGCUGAAGCAGGUGACUCAAGCCUUGGAAAAUGAUCUUAGGGAGGAAAACAGAAAACAACAACUGGCCACGGAGUAUCACCGGAAACAGGUUCUUCGACACUACUUUGCAGAAUGGCAGCAUUGGCAUUGCACACAGGUCCUAAACAGAGAACUGGCUCUAGCAAAGGAAGAAACCAGGAAGAAAAUAGAUGAUCUGUUGAGGGCAGCAUCUCUAGGGAAACUCAGUGCGAAUGGGUCACCAGGCAUCAGUCAGCUUGAGGCCACAGCCCCAGUGGCCUCACCAGUGAAAACUGGAAAGGCAGCUGUUGUACCCUCUUUGGGGGAAAAGAAGUCUUCGAAGAAUGGUGGUUGUAUGCUAAGAGCUACCCCAAGAGAAACCACAAAGGAUAAUUUGCGGGAUACACUUCAGAGAAAUGUCCCUCGGAACACCCCUGACAGUGGGCGGCACCAGGCCCUAGAUGCGGAGCUCUGUCAGCAGUCCUGCAGCGACCAGCAGCUGGGAGCCACCAGCCAGAAAGCAGAACCUGCUUGCCUAGGGCAUUUCCACAGCCGCCAUGUCUUUCAACAACAGCUGAUUGAGAAGCAGAAGAGGAAACUUCAGGAACAACAGAAAACCAUUCUUGAGCUGAAGGAACACCAGCGCCUUGCGGAGGCUCGGUGGGCAGCUGAGCGCUCCGCGGCCCUCAUGGAAGCACAGAAGUGCCUUUGGGCAAAUCCCACUGCAGCAGAGGAACCAAAAGGAACCUGCCAGACGCUCCUCAAUUCAUCUGUUACUUCUCCUAGGACCAGAAACAAUACAAGCAACUCUCAAAAUUCUCUUUCUGGACCCAGAAGGAAACCAAAGCCGCUGAUGGCACCCCAUCCUGUGCUGAAAGCCAUGGAAGAGAGAGCAAUUCAACGAGCUGAACGUAGGCGGAUCUUGGCAGAAAAGAAGAAAAAACAAGAAGAGGAGAAAUUGGCCCAGUUAAAAGCUCUAGAAGAAGAGCAGCAGAAGAGAGAGGAAGAAGAAAAGGAGGCUCAGCUUGAGAAAAAACGGGAGGAGAGGAGACUGAAGAAAAUGAAAGAAUUAGAGAAACAGAAAAGAAUUAAGAGGAAUAAAGAGUUGGAAGAAGCAGCUGAAGAACAUUAUAAAAAGAUCUUGCUAAGGAAGAAAGGUCUGGAGCCUUGGAAGAAAUUGAGGCAGCAAAGCAGACAAAAUGCGCAGAUGGCAGAAAAGCACCACUCCUCGGCUCUCCAGAGGAAAUGUCUGCUGGCCUGGCUCCAGUGCAGCCAGGAAAGUCUGGUGAGGAAGACGGCGCAGGCUGAUCAGUGUUACUCGCAGCGAUUGCUCAGGCGAGUCCUGCAGAGUUGGCUCCAGUACGUGACUGAUCUGGAGGAAAAAGCAAGACAACUCUGUGUGCAUUUCCUUCAGAAGAAGAUUUUCAGGACCUGGUUUCUCAUGGUCACAGAGGCAAAGAGAGAGUCUCAAAGCAAGCACGAGGUUGCAGUGGGACAUCACGACAGGAAGAUUCUCAGCAUCGCGUUUCAGACAUGGAAGAAGUUUGUAAAAUUGAUGAAAGAAGAAAAAGUAAAAGAAGAAAGGCGAGAGCAGCUCCGCAGAAGGGUAGCGGAGAUUCUUCCCGACUUCCAGAUGCUGGCACCAUCGUGACUCUCGCUGUACGUCAUCAGAUACUUGGCCUCGAGUAAGAUGUUUGAUACACCAGUAAACGCAGACUAAUGCAAUGCUUGGGGUGGGACCUUGCUGGGCUCUGGGUGUGUGUAUAAGUUAGCUCUACCCACCUGCAUACAUACUUGCAGGUGGUUUAUUUUCUGGUAGAAACUGUUUUGGGUACCUGUACUUUCUUGAUUUCACUAGGAUUGGUAAGCAUUCACUGUAGCACUCAUUUACACAGUGGGAUCAUCCAAAGGAACCGUGUAGAGCAGCACUGCUCAAAUGGAUCCUAUGUACUUUCGGCAUAGCACACUUUAAAAAGGACAAGCAGUUACCUGCCUGGGCUUGUGAAGAGAAGUAUGUGUGUCUGUGGCUUCAUCGGAGCCGUUAAAACUUAAAAAAAAGAAUAAACAAAAAGUAUUGAGUACUCAAAAAAAGAGACAUAGGACAGGCACUUCCAAGAGGGCCAAUGUGUUAGCACCUGCACCAAGCACCCCGCAGAGCUAGUCCUGGCAGGCCCUUCCUCCUCCUGCAAACCAUGUAUCAAAAGCUACUCUCCACAGCUGCUGCAGAGAGUAGUGGCUUAUCCUGAUUCCCACCUGAGGCACCAAAGAUACUUCAUGUGAAGGAAAUCCCUAAAGCUAGUAACUGUAUCAAGGACAAGCCAGCAACUCAUUACAAUACCUGGUAAGUUACAACUUCUAAACAACUCACUUGAUUUGUCUUCCUGAGUUUUAUCUAGAUAUUGAAAUACUUAUCUUGAACUGAAAGGUUUUAAUAUUUAAGGUGGUCUAAAGACUGAUAAAAUACUCUUGUCUGUGAAUUUUGAGAGAAUGACCCACUGGAAGAGAUUUUUUUCAUUAUAAAAAGCAUAUUUAUUAUAACAGUCAAGUUCAGAAAUGAAAACAAACAGUAAAGAGAGAAAAGCCCUGGCAAACUGGAAGUAACUAUUAUUUGUUAUGUUAGAGAUUUCAAUUGGUAAAAUAAAAAUCUGGUUUUUCAAAUCAA